ACACAUAGAUCCAGCAUCUUCUGUUCUCCUCAGACAACAGUUUCAGGAUAUUUAGUCAAACAAGAGUUCAAGAACUCAUCACUGGCUGUGAUAAAUCAACAUGACGUUCUGUUCUACAAUAGCUGCCCUGCUCAUUGCAGCUUGUCUGUUUCUGCCCUCUGAUGCUGUUCUGCCAAAACCUGGGAUCUGUCCAAAAGUCUUCAACACUCUUGUGGCAGUACCACCAUGUGAAAGGGACGAAGAAUGCAGGGGAGAUGAAAAAUGCUGCAAGUUUGAUUACGGAUCUGUCUGCGCCCCGCCUACUUCAAUACCUCCUGAAGAGGCGAAAAAACCAGGUCAGUGUCCAAAGGAUUUUCAAUCUUUUGCACCAUCAAAGCCGUGUGGCUUUGACAGAGACUGCCCUGGAGAUGACAAAUGUUGUACAUUUGACUAUGGAUCUGUCUGCGCACCUCCUGUUUCAACAACUCUUGGGUGUCCACCUCCAGGAGAGGUUGGAAUAUGUAUUGAAGGAUGCAUCGGAGGAUGCAAAGAUGGUCAGAUUUGCUGCUCUAAUGGGUGUGGACAUCAGUGCAUGACACCAGUGUCAGUGAAGCCCGGAUUUUGUGGAAGGCGUCUGCCCAUCCCCAACCCUCUUUGUCGUGAUCUCUGCCGUCAUGAUGGUGAUUGCCGGACAUGUAUUCAUGAGUGCUCUACAGACAGGGAUUGUCCAUACCUUCAGAAAUGCUGCUUCAACGGCUGUGGAUAUGUGUGCUAUGGACCAAAAGUAAAGCCAGACAUGGUGGUCCAAGGUGGUUCACCCCAAACUGUUGUGAGUUCUGCCAAGAUGAUUAUGACUGCCCAGGAUACAAGAAGUGCUGUCAGACAACAUGCGGCCUCUCCUGCACACACUGACUCGAGGYGCAAAUACUGAGCCGUAUCCAGAUGUGCACAUUAAGUUUUCC